CCAAGCCCCCUGCGUUCCCUUUCCUUCCCCUUGGACGCGUCGAGCAUGCGCGCGCAACAUUCCUAGCCCACGAUGCCAGUCAACACGCUGUCGGUCAGCGCGGCCGUGGCGCCCACCGUCAUCGAGACGUACAUCUCGCACUACCUGAAGCGGAGUCCGUUGCGCCAGAAGCCGACGGCGCACAUUUCCUACCACGAGGGCCUCGAGCUGAUCCGCCGUUUCCUGCACUACGCCUCGUGCCACACCGUCGACGAGCUGCAAGCUUUUACCUCGCAAUGGGUGCCUGUGCCGCACUGGGUGCACGUCAGGGAGGUGGAGAUGGGGAGCGGGCUGCUGCAGCGCUCAGCUGAACACAUAAGCGCGCAGUUGGGCCCCGGGGGCAUCGCAGCCGUCGGCGGGAGUACGUGGUGGCAGUGGAGGAGGGAGAACACAACGCUCAAGGCUGAGUGGAUUGAAAUGCGCAAGGACUACGAUGCGCGCAGACAACUCAACAUCGACAAGGGCCAGCGCAUCAUGCUGUACGUCCAUGGCGGCGCAUACUACUUCGGCAGCGUCGACGAGCACCGCUACCAGAUGCAGAGGCAUGCGCGCAAGCUCAAGGCGCGCGUACUAGCGCCUCGUUAUCGGCUGGCUCCCCAGUUCCCGUUUCCGUGCGGCCUCAUGGACUGUCUGGCCGCCUAUCUCUACCUCCUUGAGGAGAAGCAUGAUCCCUCGACCAUCAUUAUGGCUGGCGACUCGGCAGGCGGGGGCAUGGUGCUGAGCUUGCUGGUCACAUUGCGAGACCAAGGCAUUCCCCUGCCUGCGGGUGCCAUCCUAAUCAGCCCCUGGGUCGACCUCACACACAGCUUCCCCAGUCUGGGCGGCGAUGGCAAGCAGGACUACAUCCCACCUCAUGGCUUCGUGCACAAGCCGAGCAUGGCCUGGCCACCUCCCAACGCUGACGACCUGCGCGAACUCGAACGACCCUCCUCGCUCCAGACACCGCCAAAAGACAUCGAUUCGCCCAGCACAUCAACACUCAAAGACAGUGAAAAGGAGCAUGACGUAGAGAAAGAAGCUAAGGCGGAACGCGUCCAAGGGUUUUCCGUCACUGCUACUGACCAACCCAACGGUACCUUGGCCACGCCAGAGGUUAAGGCAGACCCGGACACGUGGGUUUCCCAAGACGGCAAAUACAGUGUAGGUCUUGGGGGAUCACUCACCGUCGAGCUCGAUGGUGUGCAGGUUGAAUUGAAGGAUCAAAUCCAGUUGUACGCCGCCAAUCACCUCAUGACGCAUCCACUGGUAUCGCCCGCUCUGCAGCCCAGUCUUGGUGGCCUACCACCUCUACUCAUCACGACGGGCGGCGGAGAACUGCUCAAAGACGAGCAGAUUUACGUCGCUCACAAGGCCGCCAACCCUAUGGCGUACCUGCCACCUCCCUCGAAUAACCAAACUGCUGAACACAUCCAAGCUGAGGCUGCCAAGUACAAGCCGACAAAUGUCCAACUACAGGUCUGGGAUGACUUGUGCCAUGUGUGCCCCACACUCAGCUUCACCCGGCCUGCGAAACACAUGUAUCGCAGCAUUGCUCAGUUUGGUGCCUGGGCGCUCGCUCGAGCGCAGGAUACCUCUAUUGAUAUUCUUGACGACGACGAUAUUUCGUUCGUCAGUACUGACUCCGCUACCUCCUCUGAUUCCGACAAAGUUGCCCCACAAUCGUCUCGCGGUGAGACCGCACCACAGGAGCUGGGAGAUGGCGUACAAGUGGACGCCGUCGAAGCGGAGCAGAAAGCAGCCAUGAGAGCUACAGUCGGCAGAGCAGGCGACUCCCUCCCGGCUUUCGAGCACUACAUGAUCCGCCAACGCAUCGAUCGCCACGGCCGCAUCUACCCCCUUGCCCCGAAAGAAGAGCUCGUAGCUCUCAACAUGCCCAUCGCCGACAUCGGCGUGCCCAAGUCCGGACCAGUGAACAAGUACAUGAAAGCAUCACGCGAGUGGAACAACAAAUUCGCAAAGCAGAAGAUCAAGAUCCAAAAGCAGAGGAUGAAGGAGAUGGAGAAAGGAUUUGAGCGCUUCGACGGCGAGACGCCACCGCCUACCGCUCUGGCCGGACGCAGGGCAAAGGGCAUGAAGGCUGAGAAGGCGAAGAAGAAGUCGUGGGGUAUGUCUAUGUGGAGUUUGUGGGGCAGCAAGCACGAUCAGGCAACGAUCGUGCGCGAAGAGAAAGCAGAUCAGGCCGACCAAGCAGACCAAGUCUCAGACCAAAAUGCCGCGACUACACCGUCGUCAAAACCAGACGAACCCCCCGUCGACGGAACCCCAGACACCAAACCCGCGCGCGGCCGUAUCGGUCUCGCAGCUCUAAGCGCAACAGCGCGUCUCCGCUCGCGCUCCCGCCACACAAAAGUCACUGAUAGAGGACAAGUCGGGACCUCAGCCUUCGAUCUGAGCAGUCUCCCACCAGCCCAGUCCGGGCCCGCAGGUCCACCCGUAAACGAACCCAGCAUCUCGGCUCCCGGCAUCGUCGUCUCCGAAGACCCGCUAUCCCCCGCUACCCUCAUCCCAGCGACGGAUACGCUGAGCACGCGGCCUACGAAGGGGGGGAUUGCGUAUCCGUUUAGUCUCAAGGUCGGGGGUGCGGAGGGGAAGCAUGUUAAUGCUAGUACGGCGACGCUGCAGAGUCUUAGUAUUGCUACGCCGGUGGGGGAGGUGGAGAGGCAGCUUGGUGCUUAUGUGGCUGUUUCGCCGCUGGUGAAGAGUGCAGGGGGGGAUGAAGGGGCUACGCAGGAUGCAGAUGCGGGUGCGGGUGUGGAGAAGGUCGAGCGGCCUCACGUGGAGAGAUUCGAGACGGCGCAGGAGCAGUUGGGCACUUCUGGCGAUAUCGGCAAGACGGGCUAGAGGGCAUGGAAGUAAGUAAGCAAGUAAGAGUUGGCAGAAUGAAGAUACCCCUCCCCAGCACAACAUAUAGACGGGGCCCUUACACCUCCCCACCCCUCACAAGAGUAGAAAGUAGAAAGUACGCAGUAGAAAGUAGACCACCAUCAUAAUUCCUAAUACACAUCACAAAUACUCACACCC